AUGUAACAGGUUCCGGUUCCGCUUGUGUCGGAACACGUUGUGUAUUCCUGCAGUCUUAUGUAGUUUAUGGAUUUAGGCCAAAAAAAAAUUCAAAUAAUUUACUUUUAGUUGAAUGAAAUAAAAUGGAAUUGUUGAUUGGAGGAGUUGCGGCGUGUUGUGCAGGAGUUGUAACAAAUCCUUUCGACGUUGUAAAGACACGAAUGCAACUUCAAGGAGAAUUAAGGCAACCCGGAAAAUAUAAAAUUCAUUAUAAAAAUAUUUUACACGCUUUCUAUGCAGUAUCAAAGGCCGAUGGAAUAUUGGCUUUGCAGAAAGGUCUAGUUCCCGCUUUAUGGUAUCAAUUUGUCAUGAAUGGUAUUAGAUUAGGAAUUUAUGAUAAUUUCGAGAAGAAAGAAUUAAUUGGUAAAUCUGGUGAAGUCAGUGCUAUUAAGAGUGUUGUCGCUGGUGCUGCUGCAGGCUCUAUCGGUGCCUUUUUUGGAAGUCCAUUUUAUAUGGUAAAUAUAAUCAGUCAUAGGUAUUAUACAAAGUAA